GUCAGCUGUGAGCCUGGCACUCAGUCACUCCCAUUCUCCAGUUACCAGCUCCAGUCCCUCAGGGCACCAACAUGAUGUGGAGCUUUCUCCUCGCUGCACUGGUCGGGUCAGUGUCUGCCGAGUUGUACCGAGCUGAUGUAAACAUGGAAGGGGUCCAGGGUACACUGCAGUUCAACACCUCCUCCCGAAACAUCCAGAUCGAUUUGGAGGCCGAUUGCGGACAGUUUUCCAUCUCCCUGCACGAGUUCCCGGUCAUGUACGGGAAUUCCAGGGACCCCUGUAACGAGUCAAACAUCGGCGAGGAAGUGUACAGCUUCAUGGCGAACACCACCCACGGCACCGUGAUGGAGAGCAGCCUCUUCCAGAUCACAUCGGACCUCUCCGAUCUCUCCGUCACCAUCCACGGCUGUGCCAAUGCCUCGACAGCGUGUGCCACUGUGAGGAAAGUUGGCAGCACCUCCACCUGGCAGGGGAAGUUCUUCUCGCCGGUCGCCGGUCAGGUCUACAUCCGGCAGAAUGCUGGUGAGAACACAUGGAGAAUCCUCACCGACCUGAUGGCUAUUGCAGAGAGCAGCAAAGGAGUGCGGAAUGUGACCCUCCACCUGCAAACAGGGGCAGACAAGUGCUCCCCGGCACCAGAGGCUGGCACAUUGCUUGGCACAUUUAAAGUGGGCACCCCUUUAUCCCCUGUAAAAAGUCGCAGUGAUGGCAUCAUUUUACCAGACAAGACCCCCAGCCUCUUUCUCUAUCUGCAUAACGGCACUGAAUGGUUUUGCACUGAAGUUCAGGAGCUAAGAGCAAAGGAAGUCUGUGCUUCCAUAGAUAUGAAAGGUGUCAAAGGAACUUUCAAGUUUCAUCAAGUUUCCCCAUUUGAUGCCACCAUCUACACUGUAUCUCUGAGGAACCUGCAGCAACUGGCUGGCCCCUACCAUGUUCACCGUUUCCCAGUGCCCCCACGCCGUACUCCUGGAGAUGAGCUUUGUGCGAAUGAUAAUCUAGGAGGGCACUGGAAUCCAUUUGGGAAGGUUCCUUCUGGGGCUCUCUAUCCCCAAAAUGCAAAUGAAACUCAUGAUCAAUAUGAAAUAGGGGAUUUGAGUAAAAGGCAUGGCUUCUUAACUAACCUGAACACAUUUGAAAGCACCUUUAAGGACUGGAAUCUACCACUGUUUGGGCGAAAUAGCAUUGUUGGGCGUUCUGUCGUUAUCCACCACCCCAAUUCAUCGCGAUGGCUGUGCGCCACAAUUGGGUAUCUCAGUGAAGUCACAACAGCAGUAGCCAUAUUUACAAGCCCGGUGUCAGGCAGAAUCAUUUUUCAACAGCUGAAAAGCAACCCCUAUUCGGACUUGUCUAUUUUUAUGGACCUUUCCUAUACCAACUCAUCCACUCCAGCAACCACUGGUCACCUUUGGCGCAUUCACAAAUAUCCCAUUAGCUCUGAGUUGGAUUCUGAUUCAAAUAUUUGUUUAAGUACCAAGGAAAUCUUUAACCCUUUCGGAGUGGAUACUGGUAGUCAGUAUGACACAGAGUGCGGCCCAGACAGUCCUUUCAGAUGCGAAGUUGGAGACUAUGCCAAGAAACAUGGAGCACUCGAGCUGACUAGCAACAACCGUGCAGUUUCCAGCAAGCACUUCUUUACUGACAGCACAUCAGCACUUUCUGGGCAACUUUCCAUUGUUCCUCGAUCGGUGGUCCUUUAUGAAGCAAAUUCCGCAACCUCUUUCUUAGCUUGUGCUAAUUUAACCCUUCUUCACCCCGUUUCACUAGAGAUUGAUUCAUGGAGGGGUGUUGAUGAAAUAAAUGUAAACGUGACAUUUAAACAAAUUUCAGAUUUAGACCAUACAAAUGUGCAGGUGACUUUAACUGAUCUGAAUCCUGAGGCAGGAACUUACAGCAUCCAUACUCUUCCCAUCAGAGCUGGUUUGUCGAGUACCGAUGCUUGUACUGACUCUAGUGUUGGAGGUCGUUACAACCCAUUCCAUGUAAAUGAAUCUUUAUCUCCUGAGCCAACCAAAGGUACAGUUGACCAGUAUGCAGUUGGUGACAUCAGUGGGAAAUUUGGAACACUGGAUAGAUGGAACCAAACAACUCAAAAGUACAUGGACGGGAACAUGCCAUUGUCUGGGCCUCACAGCAUCGUUAGACGUUCACUGGUUAUUUACCGUACAAAUGGAUCACGUUUACAAUGUGCAAAUCUGCUUAUGGCGAAGGCUAAAGAUGGCGAAUUUAUUCGAGCCAGAGCUGUCUUUACUGGUAUGGUCUCAGGUACAAUUAUUCUGUCACAACAGGUCUUUGCAGAUGGGAGUUCAAGUGACACAACUAUGGAAAUUGAUCUUGAGCCAGCCGAGGCUAACACGGAUGGUAACAAAAAUCUAAUGUGGCACGUUCAUACUAAUCCUCGACAGUACAAGGAGAACUGCACUGGUGUUGGAGGACAUUAUAAUCCUUACAAUAUAGAUACUCAGGCUGGCUACAAAUCAAGUUGUUCUUCAGCCUAUCCUUUGCACUGUGAAGUGGGAGACUUAGAAUCGAAACAAGGCCUCCUUGAUCUUGGAAAGAGACAUUUGAAGAAUGAUGUAUAUUUGCCACUCUACGGAGAUUUUGCUGUUGUGGGCAGGUCAGUGGUGAUUCACAGUGAAGGACCACAUAAAACUUUAAUGGAUUGCACUGACAUUGUGGCUGAUUCUCCAACAAAAUCACUUGUUUUUCCAAAAGUGGACCCAUUCAACAGAUAUGAAUUCCGCAAGACUGUUGCUGAUGCUCUUGAGAUUUCUGUCUGGAGAGUGAACAUAUUACCAGGGGGCCCAUCUGCAGCCACUGUAAAGGAAUGCCAGAAUAUCACCUUCUACAUGGCAGGCCAUGUUGAUCAGAAAAAAUUGGAUGAAUUAGAUAAGGAAGAGAAACUGGGUAAAUUCAAGGCCUCUGCAAAAUGUGCAACAGAUCCUGGAGGGAUGGCUACAGGCCUUCGCCCGUACAUCGAGCAAUAUAUUUUCUGGAUAGUGGCUGUGACCAUGCAACUCGUUCUCUACACUGUGUUUGAAUAGUUGCAUUGCAAAUGACAUCAGCAUCUCCCUAUGGCCCAAAAUGCUGGUUUCACAACAAAAACAAAUCACACAAUGCAUUGCAUUUAAACAAACCCAGGGUUUAAUUGCUGUUGAUUUUCUUAGAUUGCACCAAAUGGUUCAUUCUUAGACUUGCACUUUAUUUUCUGAUGAAUCAAUGUGUUAUGUCUUGAAAUUCAGAUCUUCAAAUAUUUAGUGGAUGAAUAUUUAAAGUUCUUCAAAUUCAUUUCCCUGCUAUUUUAAAGAAGCAAGUUAGUACCUUUGUUAAAACAGUUGACAAAGAGACAUAACAACACAGUGAGCAAUUAGAUGCUAAUAUUCAAACAUUGUAAUUUGAUGGCAUCAGAGGUCUAAGGCAUCAUAAAAUAAUGAACUCAGAGAAAUAUGUUUUUGGUAAAUAUUAUACAGAACAGAUUUUUGGUUUUAAAACCAUGGAAGUAAAAAUGGCACCGAUUCAACACAAUGAAGAUUCAAGAUGAGCCGCAAACAAUAUAUAAAAAGUGUAUGUAUGAUUUGACUCAUAUAGUGUAGCAAUGAUUAAAAAGCAGAAAUGUACCUUCACAUUAAGAUUAUAUUGUUGACUUGAAAUCCCACUGUGGUGUGCUAAUUUUUUAUAUUUGUACUGUAACAUUGACUUCAAUUUAGUAUUUUCAAUGUAGACUUUAUUCUGUAGUGUAUCUGUGUGAAUGCUGACGAAAAACUUUCAUUUGGAUCUUCAUCGAGUGCCUUUCAUAACCUCAGGAUUUCGCAAAGUGCUUUACAGCCAAGGAAGUCUUUUUGAAGUGUAGUCACUGUUGUCGUAUAGAUAUAAACAACCAACUGCAAAGAAAUUUGACAAAGUUUACCAUUGAAUCAUGGAAAUUACAGCAUCCAACUUAUUUCUUUGCUGGUACUAGCUCUUAAGUUGGAUCCACCUACUCUAUUUUGCUACCCUUUUCUUUCUUUUAUAAUCUUCAUUUUGACUUAUUUCUCCUAUUCUUUGAAGUUCAAUAAGUUAUUUUACUCCACUGUUUCCCUUCAUUCUUUCAGUGAUGAUUCUGGACCCAUAUUCUCUUGUAACUGAAUCCACAAUAUUUUUGCUGUUUAUUCUCUCAAAAUCUUUCAGAAUCUUGAAAAUCUCCAAUAGAUGGUGUGUAAUCUUCUUUCCAGUUGAAACAACAUUGCCAAAUUCUUCAGCCUUUCUUCAUAAGAUUCAUUUCCUAUUGUAGAUAUAUUGCACUUUCUCCUUGAGUAGGUUGCUUAGAGACACACAGAAAUUUCAUCUGUGACAUAUGAAUGUGUCACUCAGAAAAACGUUCUAUUUUGUGUAUUCAGUGCCUCCACAUUUACAACCAAAAAGCUGCCUCUCUCUAUCUAUUUUACUUUAUCUUUAUUCUGAAAUAUUUUUUUGACUAGAUUCUUUCUAUUCUUUCAUUGUAUUGAGAUUUUGUGAAUCAAAUUCCGGUAGUCUGCACUGAGAUAAGAUCCUGGCUUCUAGUUUUCUGACCUUUUUCAUUUUAUCCUUUCUUGAGCAGGUAUGCAGUAUGUGCAUUACUCUAAUCCUUUGAACUAUCACGGUUUCCAAAGAUAUUUUGAAAUUUACGAUUAGUGCCUCUACUAGCUCUUUCCUUGUGUCUUUGCAAUAUUCUGGGACAGUUCUAUUUUUGGCCCCAGUGAAUAUUUCUCAGUGCUCUGUCCAUAUUCUCUUCGGUUACUUAUGCAUUCCGUUUUCACCUAGCUUUGUGAAAUGUGCAGCAAACUAUUUUCAAACGCAAGAUGAUCACUUUAUCCCUAUCCCAUCUUUAGUUAUUCCGCUAAUAUGCAUGUCAAUGUUCUUUCCUUUCAUGUGGACUGCCCUAAUUCUUAAACUUUUUAAUCUCUCUGUUUUUAACAAUUGACAUACUUCAAUUUUAUCUACUAACUAUUUUACAUGAUUACUGGGAAAUGUUAUACCAGGGAAUCUUGCCCAUGGGUGUAUUUUAUAUUGCCAAUAAUGAUUCACUGUUAUAUAAACUAUUUUGAGUUCUUGAGCACUAUAGUUUAGAUACAGUACAUCAUAUUUGCUUGUCUCUAACUUGCUUAUACCACGUAUAUGAUGAAAUUAAUUUUUAAGAAUCCCCAAGGUAUCUCAUGAGAAAUAAAGCAAUCUUGAAAUAAUCACAAAUAUAACAUUAUUUCAAUAACUCAUGAUAAAUACAAAUUAUUCUGACAGAUCUCUGCAUAUAUUUACCAAAGUACUUUUGAGCUCGUUGUAGAUUUUAGUGGUUGUUUGUCUGAAUGUUUUGCUUUUAAUUAUAUUCCUUGCGUAUACAUAAAAUUACAUUUGAAAAUUGAUGCUGUUGUUCAAAGUUAAUCACUUAGGUUAACAGAUUUAAUGUAGUUAUUGAUUUUUUUAAUGUACAUUAGAGAAUUGUACUUUUUAAGGAAAUUAUAUUAGCCAGUUUUAAUUGGUUAAAUUCUAUUUGUAAGUGACUUUCCAGAAAAGCAAUGGGAAAUAAUCUGCAUUGUAAUUACCUUUAGAUAACAUUAUUUCAGAUGUCACAAGACACAAACCGUUUGGGAAUUUGUUAAACAAGUACAAUGUGUGGUGAAAUUGGAAAACAGAAAUAAAAUCCAUUAUUGAACAAA